AUAAUUAUGCUAUGAGAGAGGCUUAUAAAAAUGAUAUUCAAGUUGCAAGAAAAAGCAAUCAGUUUUCACUUCAUGUUUUUUCUUUUGACUUUGCCCAAAAUGAGAAGCUGCCUUAUAAUCCACAACAACUAGAAAGGUGGUACUAUUUAUUGUUGUUAAAGGUACACCAAUUUGGAUUAGUGAAUGAAGGUAUUGACCAUCAUUGGCAUACUCUUUAUACUGAAAAAAAGGCAUUAAAAGGGACAAGCGAAAUUAAGGGUCAUACUCAAAAUUCUGUUGACUGUGGAUUUGGUAAUACCAAAAAAGAGUAUGCCAAAUUAGAAGUCUGGUGUAUUGACCAGUUAGUCAAUGUAAUAAAUAGAAGUGCAACCAAUAAUGUUGCUGUAAACUUAGAGGAUCAAGCAGGCCCAUUCCAUGAUUGGACUUCAAUGCUUAGCUCAUUAUACUAUAAACCUCUAGCUAUUCAAAAAUAUUAUUUUACCAGUUUAGAUUUACUAAAACAAAAUAUCCAUAUUGAAAGUUUAUACCCUCAAGAACUUUUGCCAAAAGGUCUUCCUGAAGAAAAACAGAUAGACCUUUGGAAUAACAUUCACCCAUAUUGUCUAAUUGCUUUCUGUGACAAAUAUUGCUUAAAACCAGAUAAAGAUAUG